AACAGGCGGCGCUGUAGCUGGCGGAAGAGGAGGUCGCCCAGCCCAGUAUCUCUUCGCCUGGAACACAGAAGCCGAGGGGGAGACAGGAAAACGGGAGGAGAAAAGACGGUGUUGGCUGGAGGAGAAAGAAAAAGCUACGAUAAUGGCCGCUAAAUCUGAUGGGGUAUUGAAAAUUAGAAAGAGCGAUGUAGCGUUCACGCCUUUGCAGAAUUCGGACCACUCAGGCUCAGUACAAGGACUCGUUCCAGGAUCGCAGCCGGAUUCGGGAACCGGGGAUGGGGAAUUCGUGAAUGGGGAAUCGCGGUGCUGUGGUUCUAAUUCGACAUGUCUUCGCCUUGGCAGAGAGCAGCAAACAAAAUACACGAUAUGGGACUGUCUAUGGAUUCUCGCUGCAGUGGUUGUGUAUUUCGCCGAUGUAGGCACCGACAUUUGGCUUUCUGUCGACUAUUACCUCCGUCGCGACUACUGGUGGUUCGGGCUCACGCUAUUUUUUGUUGUGCUAGGGUCGUUCUCCGUCCAAGUCUUUAGUUUUCGGUGGUUCGUCCACGAUUUCAGCACCGAGGAGAGCUCCAAUGCCGCCGGUGCGGCAAACUGCUCAUCCCACAUGGACGGGAAGCUGCUGAGCGGUUCGGCUUCACACGGAGAUGUGGGCGCCCAACCGUCCACACCUCAAAGACAGGCGUCCACCGCGAGCAAGAGCAACACCACAACCAACAGCAACAGCAGCACGGCAACCCCGACUAAUAAGAAAAGGUCGGCGUCCUGUUCAGUAUUCAUAUGGUCCGCGCAAUCCGUCACCCACAUCUUGCAGCUUGGACAGAUAUGGAGGUAAGCAUUUAAUAUGCUCUUUGGAAUGAAGAGAGUUGCAGCCCAUUAGCCUACGUGUGUUAACUUCUGACUGCACGUACCUCAUAGCCGACACUUAGCUCCCAUCAUGCCCAAGAGGGUCUACUGUUAUUAAUUAUUAGGCACCGACUGCCAUAGAACGUACAACAUUUCAGGUUUUACGCGCACUGCAAAGCAUUUUGAGUAGCAUACCCUGAGUAGCUUCUUGGUGGGUUAUAGGUGUUACAUCUUAACUAAGCAAUCAUAGGGAGAGAAAAUAAUCUGUCGCAAAACAAAAUGGUAUCAUGUUUCAUGAUGUGAUAUCCUUGUGAAUGUGUUUGGUCCAAUGGCGAGCUCGACGUUGUGCAUG